UGGAGAGGAGUAGCGCUCUGCAGGCUGCUGUUGGAGACUCUGGGACCACAGACCCAUCCCGUGUUUAUUCCCUGCGUUGGAUGGCAUUGGCCUCGGCCACCCAAGGGUUCUGAACGCGUAAGGAGGGAUCCAAGCUGGGAAGAUGCUGAGCUCCAUCAAGUGUGUGCUGGUGGGGGACUCCGCCGUGGGGAAGACCUCCCUGUUGGUGCGCUUCACCUCCGAGACCUUCCCAGAGGCCUACAAGCCCACGGUGUACGAGAACACGGGUGUGGACGUCUUCAUGGACGGCAUGCAGAUCAGCCUGGGCCUCUGGGACACCGCCGGCAACGAUGCCUUCAAAAGCAUCCGCCCCCUGUCCUACCAGCAGGCCGACGUGGUGCUGAUGUGCUACUCCGUGGCCAACCACAACUCUUUCCUGAACCUGAAGAACAAGUGGAUUGGCGAGAUCAGGAGCCACUUGCCCUGUACUCCCGUGCUGGUGGUGGCCACCCAGACGGACCAGCGGGAGGUGGGGACCCACAGGGCCUCCUGCAUCAGUGCCAUUGAUGGGAAGCGACUAGCCCAGGACGUGAGAGCUAAGGGCUACCUGGAGUGCUCGGCCCUGAGCAACCGGGGGGUCCAGCAGGUGUUUGAGUGUGCCGUCCGGACUGCCGUCAACCAGGCCAGGAGACGCAACAGGAGGAAGCUCUUCUCCAUUAAUGAGUGCAAGAUCUUCUAACCCCCAAGAGACUUCACCCAACAUGCAUUUACUCACCCGCCUCAAAGACUAAUGGGCGCAGGGAGAGCCAACAGUAAGGGUGGGUGCUCUUCCCGGGUACCUCCCGGGCAGUGUGUGCUCUGUUGAUGGGACUUGGUCGCUGGUGGUUUUAUUAAGUACACUCUGCAAACAGACUCCUCAUCCUGGCCAACGAGGCAGUCUCUUGAGAAGCUGGAACGAAUAUUCUAUCUCUGGUUAAGAAACUAAAAAGGUCCCCAUAAUUUUGGACAGGGAAGUCGAGUUUUCCAAAGAAUUCUAUAUUUAAAGACAUGUUUUAUUUAAGUGGUAACCAAGUGUAGAGCUCUUGUACAUAAUUAGUUUUCGUGCUUGGGAAGUCUUUUCCUACAGACUCACAAACACACUCCGGUGUAUGUGUGUGUGUGUGUGACAUGACCUUACAGGACUCCGCCGUGUGUUCGGGGUGUUAUUUUCACCUGAAGUAGUAAGUUUUGUUGAAGCCACUUGCCUACCUGAUUUUGCUAGGUGAUCAGAUUUGAAAAGGACUGCCAGCCAAUCCUUGCUAUUAAUUCUCCGCCCAGCUGUUAGCCAAUUUGUGUAUAAAAUACAUUCGAUAACAUAUGCUACUUUAAUACUGCCUAAUGAGUUUAACAGUUACCCGUCUGUUUUCCUGUAAUUAUAUGUAAAAAAGGGUUUCUUAUUUAUGGUACUACCUUUCACUCAAUGAACUCCCAUGAUGCACUAAGUAUUCUCUUUUAUUUACCAAAACAGAUGAAAGGAAAACCGUUUGGGGAGGGAAUCUGACUGCCUCCAAGUAAUGGCAGCAGAGCUCAGAACAGAAUUUAAAAGUCUCCUUUUCCUUUGGGAACCACUGCACUUUGCCUGGGUUUUCCGACACUGGCCCCCCCUGGCUGGCUGCAGGCCUUGUGAGUGAGAGCAGGCUCAGCGUUCUGCAUGCUGGUAAUCUGGGGAAUUGGUUACUUGAGCUCUUAACUGACCUGGAAGGGCAACUAUAAUUUAUUAAUUUUAGGAUGUAAUCAGAGUAAUGGCUAAGGUGUCUAUGUACAUAUGUGUGUGUGUGUGUAUAAGGGAACACAGGUACAACUUAUAGCUUUUCCUAUUUCAUCCAUGUGAAGCACCAGAGUUAAAACAAAAACAAAGACAAAACAAAAGCCCCACAAAUUCCAAGUACAGGGAACAGGAGAACUGUAUAGCCAAUUUUCAGAUAAAAUCUUAUCAGGGAAAAUACUGAAUGAUGACUCCGCCUUAAACCUCAUUCUAUCUAAAAAGCUUCAAAAACAAUGGUAUCAAUCAUCUGUUAACGUUGAGAACAGAGACCAUGUAACUCAAGGAAGAAAUUGCAAAUGCUGGCACCGGGUACCUCAUUCACUCACCUAACCCAAUAAAACUCAGAACCACUCUGUACCACGUUUGUUAAAGUACAUCGUUGUUAUGUUAUAAUGUGGCCAUUAGAUACAAAUGGUAAGGCACUUACUUGGCAUAAAUGACUAUGAUUAAACUUAUGUUGACAUAA